ACCGCAGGAUUCACGAUGGCUGCUGGUACUGCGUAUCUCGACGCCGUAAAAAAGAAAAUCAGGUCACUGCAAGAACAAGCAGACGAUGCUGAGAGCAGAAUACAGAGACUACAGCAGGAGCUCGAGUCCGAGCGCGCAGCCAGGCAAUCUGCUGAGGGCGACGUCGCUUCCCUGAACAGACGCAUCCAGCUGGUUGAGGAAGAGUUGGAUCGCGCUCAGGAGCGUCUGGCCACUGCUCUGCAGAAGCUGGAGGAGGCUGAGAAGGCUGCUGAUGAGAGUGAGAGAGGCAUGAAGGUCAUUGAGAACAGGGCCCUGAAGGAUGAGGAGAAGAUGGAGCUGCAGGAGAUCCAGUUGAAGGAGGCCAAGCACAUUGCUGAGGAGGCCGACCGCAAGUAUGAGGAGGUGGCCCGUAAGCUGGUGAUUGUUGAGGGUGAGCUGGAGCGUACUGAGGAGCGUGCUGAGCUUAAUGAGAGCAAGUGCUCUGAGCUGGAGGAAGAGUUGAAAACUGUGACCAACAACAUGAAGUCUCUGGAAGCCCAGGCUGAGAAGUACUCCGCUAAAGAGGACAAAUAUGAGGAGGAGAUCAAGGUCUUGACUGACAAGCUGAAGGAGGCUGAGACUCGUGCUGAGUUCGCUGAGAGAUCAGUCGCCAAGCUUGAGAAGACCAUUGAUGAUCUGGAGGAUGAAUUGUAUGCUCAGAAACUCAAGUACAAAGCCAUCAGCGAGGAGCUGGACCACGCCCUCAACGACAUGACCUCCAUGUAACUAUCACCACAUGUUAACCCGUGUUCAUGUAUGAGAGUGUGCACACGUGUUUGGUUUAAUAGCUUUUCCAGUUUCUCUGUCUGCUAGUAUAAUCUAAUUUUCAGGUUUGAUGACGGAUUUUAGACUGAACCCAUUAUUAAGUUUAAAGCCUGCUUGACAAACCUUUCUAUUGAUUUACUAGAUAUGAAGUUAUGUAUAAAAAAUUAGAUUACACACACUUCUUUCAUCUGGAAAGCAUGAUGACCCCUUUUUUAUCUCUGGCAUGCCCAUCGUUGUUUGAUAUCACCAUCUAUCAUUCAAUUUGUUUUUUUUUUUCUUUUCUCAUUUAUUUCAACUAAUUUUUAAAUGUAAACAUCAUGUUUACAUUUUUAACAACUUGCUAAAUUAUUUGUAUGUGAAUAAAAAAAAAUAAUCUCAAAAUGCCUGAUGUAAUCAUUUUCUUACAUGCAUGAAAAUACUUGUUGCGUGAUUGACCAAAUAUACAUAUAUUUAUGUGACACUGACAGUCUUUUUAUGUCUCUCGCAUGCCCUUUAUUGUUUAACAUCACCAUCUCUCACUUGUUUCAACUCAUUUUUUUUUCUCCCCUUGCACAGUUAAAUUUUUUACAUCUCAUCUCUGGCUCCGGGCACCA